UGUCCGAAUAACAUUUCAAGCGCGAAGCAACACUCCGUCUGCCAUUCGUCCACGAGGCUUGUGAUUUCAUCAUGUUGGCUGGAUAUACAAGAGUAGACAUCACAGCAUGUGAAGAAGGCUCGUCUUCAGUGAUCUCAUCCCUAAAGGAACGUCUACGAGUGAAAGUAGAUCAGAACGUGAGUGAGUUUGAAAGAAAACAACAAGUAGACGAGAUUGAACUUGUUGACGAAGAAGACGAGCCUCUGUUAAGAGAAAAUCCUCGACGAUUUGUUGUGUUUCCCAUUCAAUAUCCUGAUAUUUGGGAAUAUUACAAGAAAGCUGAAGCGUCUUUCUGGACAGCAGAGGAGGUAGAUUUGUCGAAGGAUCUUGAUGACUGGAACAAACUCAAAGACGAAGAGCGGCACUUUUUGUCUCACGUGUUAGCGUUCUUUGCGGCGAGUGAUGGAAUUGUAAAUGAAAACUUAGUGGAGAGAUUUAGCAAGGAAGUUCAAGUGACGGAGGCUCGUUGUUUCUAUGGAUUUCAAAUUGCCAUUGAAAACAUUCAUUCAGAGAUGUAUAGUCUACUGAUUGAGACAUACAUCAGCGAUCCGGAAGAGAAAGACAAACUGUUCAAUGCAAUUGAGACAUUGCCUUGUGUUCGUCAGAAGGCAGAGUGGGCUCUGCAAUGGAUCAACUCGGAAAGUGCCUCGUUUAGUGAGCGAGUCAUUGCAUUUGCUGCUGUUGAAGGCAUUUUCUUUUCUGGAUCUUUUGCUGCAAUAUUUUGGCUUAAGAAGCGUGGACUAAUGCCCGGCCUCACUUUCUCUAAUGAAUUGAUCAGUCGUGAUGAAGGCUUGCAUUGUGACUUUGCUUGUCUUAUGUUCUCACACGUCAAACGUAAACCGAGUGAAGAAAGGGUGAGAAGUAUUAUUAUGGAUGCUGUCAAGAUUGAACAGCAGUUCCUCACCGAAGCUCUUCCAGUGGCUGUCAUUGGUAUGAACUGUGUGCUGAUGAAGCAGUACAUCGAGUUUGUGGCUGACAGGCUGCUGGUAGCUCUUGAACAACCAAAAGUCUACAAUGUAGAAAAUCCUUUUGAUUUUAUGGAAAACAUCUCACUGGAGGGCAAGACCAACUUCUUUGAAAAACGUGUUGGUGAAUAUCAAAAGGCUGGAGUUAUGCAGAACAAGAAGGAUCAAGUGUUCACACUGGAAGCAGAUUUCUGA